UGCAGAAGCUAAGCAACAGAAGCAGAGUGCUGUCUACUCUGCUGGGAAAGUGUGAGAGGAUUGUAAAAGCUAGUUGCUUCAAAGCAGGAUCCACCAUGCUCCGUCCAUGUAGAGAAGAGGAAACUGAGAAUGAAAUUGUUUUGGAAAGUUAAAAUGAGCUCUAUUCAGGACUGGGGUGAAGAGGUAGAGGAAGGAGCUGUUUACAAUGUCACCCUCAAAAGAGUGCAGAUUCAACAGGCUGCCAAUAAAGGAGCAAGAUGGCUAGGGGCUGAAGGGGACCAAUUGCCUCCAGAACAUACUGUUAGCCAGUAUGAGACAUGUAAAAUCAGAACAAUCAAAGCUGGCACCCUGGAGAAACUUGUGGAAACCCUCCUGACAGCUUUUGGAGACAACGAUUUUACCUACAUCAGCAUUUUUCUGUCAACGUACAGGGCCUUUGCCUCUACUAAAGAAGUACUAGAAAUUCUCCUUGACCGGUAUGGAAACCUGGAGACCUCAAACUGUGAAGAAGAUGGAAGCCAGAAUUCCUCAGAGUCCAAAACAGUACUCAGGAAUACAAUAGCCUCACUCUUGAGAGCCUGGCUUGAUCCGUGUUCUGAAGACUUCAGAGAGCCACCGGAUUACGUGUGUUUGCAUAAACUGCUGGAUUACCUUAAAAGAAUCAUGCCUGGCUCUGACACAGAGAAAAGGGCACAAAGCCUCCUGGAGCAGUUUCAGAAGCAAGAAGUAGAAAAUGAGAAUGGAUUUCAUAGCACCUUCAUUUUCAGCCUUGAUGUUGAUGAGGAAAUAGAAAUUGAUGGGACACAAGAGCUCUCUUUUUUCUCAGAAGAUCUUGUGGCAGAGCAGCUAACGUAUAUGGAUGCAGAACUCUUUAAGAAAGUAGUGCCCCACCACUGUUUGGGUUGCAUCUGGUCUCAGAGGGAUAAGAAAGAAUACAAGCACUUGGCAUCCACUAUCAGAGCCACCAUCUCCCAGUUUAAUGCAGUUACAAACUGUGUCAUCAAAACCAUCCUGAAAGACAAAGAACUCAAGCCACAGCACAGAGCCAAGAUCAUUGAGAAGUGGAUCAAUAUUGCACAAGAAUGUAGGAUCCUGAAGAAUUUUUCCUCCUUGAGGGCCAUUGUUUCAGCACUGCAGUCCACCUCCAUCUAUCGACUAAAGACGACCUGGGCAUCUGUUACAAAGUAA